AUGGAUAUACUAAAUUUUUUCUUACUUUUAAUAAUAGUCUAUUUAAUACACUCAUCCUAUGUAAAGUUUAGAUCAAUACAUCCAAAUCAGUUAUCAGGUCCUAUUCCAAUUCCCUUCUUGGGCAAUCUUCAUCAAUUAGGAAAGCUUCCUCAUAGAACCUUUAUGAGUUUACAAAAGAUCUAUGGACCAAUAUUCCGUUUAUAUUUCGGGGAUACCUAUACAGUUGUUGUUUGUUCUUUAGACAUUGCCAAAGAAAUUUAUAUUGAUAAAUUUGAUAACUUUUCAGAUAGAUCAGCCACUACAACUUUUGAAUUGCACUCCUCAAAUUUUAGUGGAAUUUCAUCAGGUAAUGGUGAAUAUUGGAAAAAGAAUAAAAUUGUAGUUUCAAAAGCAUUAAGAAGAAUUAAUUUGAAUGAACUUGGUGUAUAUAAUUUCUUAGAAUUACAAGUCAAUCAAUUAUUAAAUAUUAUUAAUAAAGAUUAUAAAAAUAAAAAACAAUUCCCCAUUAGAACAUUCACACAAAAAUAUUCAAUUUCGACAAUGUUUAAAUAUGUAUUCAGUGAAGAAUUAAACCUUGAUGACAAUGAAAUGUCAAACAUCAAUAAUAUUGCAAAACCCAUAGAUAAAAUAUUCAAAGAAUUGGGUACUGGAAAAUUAGGAGAUUAUAUCAACUUAUUUAAACCAUUCUUUUAUUACUAUUCAAAGUAUACAGAUAAACACUUUUAUAAUGUAAAGGAACAAGUCAAGAAAAGAUACCAUGAACAUUUAUCAAACUUUAAUUCUAAAAAACAUAGGGAUUUAAUUGAUUAUUUAAUCGAAGAAUUUGGAAGUGAUGAAAAAAAAAUAGAUAUUGUUAUUCAAAUUAUUUUUGAUGUUUUAUUAGCAGGUAUUGAAACCACUGCCCUUGCCAUUGAAUUAGCUACUAUGAUCCUUGUAAAUAACCCAGAGGUACAAGAAAAAGUAUAUGAUGAAUUAAGAUCUGUAGUUGGACCAAAUCGUAAUAGAGUUUAUUUAACUGAUAAAUCCAAAACACUUUAUACCAAUGCAAUGAUCAAAGAAAACUUUAGAACUCAUCCAUCAGGUCCUUUUGGUAUCCCAAGAGUAGCAAAAGAAAACUGUUAUGUUGGUGAUAGUUAUUUUGUUCCUAAAGGUGCACAAAUAAUUGUAAACUUUUUCUCACUUAGUUACAAUGAAGAUAUAUAUAAAAACUGUGAACAAUAUGACCCAAAUAGAUUUUUAAACUCCACUGCCCAUAUCUCAAAUGAAGAAUAUUAUACAUUUGGUUUAGGUCCUAGAGCUUGUUUAGGAUUGCAUUUAGCCAUAGAUGAAUAUUACUUAUUUAUUACAAAUUUAAUUUUAAAUUAUAAAAUUUCCUCAGUAGAUGGUAAUAAAAUAAAUUAUGAUGAGAAUUAUGGUUUAACUUUAAAACCAACUGAAUUUAAUUUAGUUUUAGAACCAAGAAAUUAAAUUAAUCAAUAUUUGCUUUAUUAUUGUAAAUUUUGUAAAUUUAUUUAAAUAUUAAAAAGCGAAAUACUCUGUAUUAUUACAUUUAUUUUAUAAAAAAAAUUAAAAAAUAAAAAUAUAAAUAAAAUAAAAUAUAUCAUAUUAAUU